AUGGGUAUUCUAUACCUUCUCUCUCAUAUUGACCGAGGAAACAUCGGCAAUGCGAAGAUUGAGGGCAUGGAUAAAGAUCUAGGGCUAACAGGCAACCAAUACAAUGUCGCGAGCACCAUUUUCUUCGUUCCAUACAUCAUCUUUGAAAUUCCUUCGAAUAUCAUACUCAAAAAGGUCCGUCCCAGCAUGUGGCUAUCCGCCCUCGUUCUUUCAUGGGGAACUGUAAUGACUCUCAUGGGAGUUGUGAAAGACUUUCGAGGGAUGGUGAUCUGCCGGGUCUGUCUUGGUCUUUGCGAGGCAGGUUUCUUCCCAGGCGCUGUAUACAUUGUGAGCACGUGGUAUCCCCGACACGAGCUGCAACAGCGUCUCGCCAUCUUCUAUACUGCAUCGGCAUUUUCGGGUGCGUUGAGCGGACUUCUAGCCUUUGCAAUAGCCAGAAUGGAUGGUGUGCGCGGCAUUGAGGGCUGGAGGUGGAUAUUCCUCCUUGAAGGUGCAGUGACGAUCGCUGCAGGUGCCGCAAUGCCCUUCCUUAUUCUCGACACCCCAGAGAAGGCGAAAUGGCUUAACGAGGACGAUAAAAGAUUCAUCGAUGUACGUCUUCGUCUGUCUGGCGUUCGAUCUGGUACCCAGGAAGGUGACAAGCUCUCUUGGCGACUACUUUUGGACACUCUGGUCGACUGGAAGAUAGGACUUGGCAUCCUUCUUGCUUGGGCUAACUCUGUGCCGAACGCCGCGUUCAAAUUCACAAUGCCUCAAAUUAUUAAGCAGCUUGGCUUUUCUACGGAAAAAGCGCAGCUGUUGACGAUUCCACCGUAUUUCUGCGGUGGCAUAUCGGCAUGGCUCACGGGCAGAUUUUCAGACCGAUUCUCUUGGCGGAUGCCUUUCAUCAUUGGACCGAUGACUAUCUUAGCAGUGGCACUUGGAAUCUUGUUUCACUUCUCUUCGGAUGUAGCCAAUAAUGUCCCAGCCAUGUAUGUCAGUGUCAUCUUGGCACAGAUCGGCAUAUAUCCGCUUCUGCAUGGCAUAACUGCCUGGAUAGGAAAUAACCUCGCUCUCUCGUGGAAACGGUCCAUUGGUAUAGCUUGGCUGCUUGCCGCUGGUAAUUUGGGCAGCCUCAUUGGAACCAAUGUCUUCCUGGACAAGGAGGGCCCGAAGUAUCCCACAGGAUAUGGCACUUCACUCGGUAUUAUCUGUCUAGGUCUAGUAUCCGCUGUUCUUUUGGAAUUUCUACUGUGUAGAUUGAACAACAAGAAGUCCAAGUUGUCUCAGCACGAAGUCAGGGAGAGGUACUCUCAAGAACAACUAGACGGAAUGGGGGAAAAGAGCCCGCUAUAUCAAUACACCUUGUAG